CUCAUAGCAGGCCAGCGUGAUCUUUGAGGACGUUGCUGUGCACUUCUCGUGGGAGGAAUGGAGGCUGCUUGAUGAGUCUCAGAGACUUCUAUACCUGCAUGUGAUGCUGGAGAACUUUGCACUUGUAUCUUCUCUGGGUUGCUGCUGUGGCGCAGACAGUGUGGAAGGCCCCACUGAACAGAGCGUUUCUGUUGGAGUGUCAGAGGCAAAGAAUCCCAAGGCAGCUUCACAGCAGAGACACCCAUGUGAGAGUUGUGGCCCAGUCUUAAGAGACAUUUUUCACUUGGUUGAGCAUCAGGAAAAACAACAUAGCCAGAAACUUCUGAGGUGUGGGGCAUGUGCAAAACGAUUUUAUUUCAGUGUGAACUGUCACCAGCAUGAGGGGCAGCACAUGAGAGAGAAACCCUUCAGAAGUAGCGUGGACGAUUCUUCAUUUGUGAAGACUUGCAGAAUCCAUGUGUCAAGGAAGCAUGAGCAGCAACAGGACAUUCAUAAAGUGAAGGAGCCAAACAAAGGCACCCAAUGGGAAGCAACUUUACAAAGCAGAAAACGUCUUUACACUUCAGGAAAGUCCAAGAAAGCAUUUAACCCCCAACACAUACUUGUUCAGGACCAGGAUGUCCAUAUUGGGAGACAGUGUUUUGUCUGCAGUGAAUGUGGAAAAACAUUCAAGUAUAAAUCCUCAUUUGUUAAGCACUGCACAGUCCACACUGGAAAAAGUUUUCCUGUGUGUGGCAAAAGUCGAAAAUCCUUUAGUGGCAGCUCAACUGUCAGUCAGCAUCAAAAAAUUAAUACAGCAGCAAAGCAGUACAAGUGCAGCAGAUGUGGAAAACCCUUAAGCCACAAGCCUGUCCUCAUCCGUCCUCAGGGAUGGCACAAUGGAGAAAAUAGUUAUGUGUGCAGUGAAUGUACACCAUCGUUUAGUCCUAGCUCAGUGGACAUUCAAUAUCAGAGAGUUCAAACUGGAGAAAAGCCUUAUAAGUGUAAUGACUGUGACAAAUCUUUUACCUCUGGUGCUGGCCUCAGGUAUCAUAAGAGCUCUCACACUGGAGAUAGGCCUUAUGUGUGCAGUGAAUGUGGGAAAUCUUUUAUCACUCGUACUGCUCUUCAUUGUCAUCGAAGAGUUCACACUGGAGAAAGGCCCUUUCAGUGCAGUGAAUGUGGGAAAUCGUUUACCGUUAGCUCCAGUCUCCGUCGUCAUCAUAGAGUUCACACUGGAGAAAGGCCAUAUGACUGCAGCACGUGUGGCAAGUCUUUUACUAAUAGCCAUGCCCUUCGGCAUCAUGAGCAAUGCCACCUAGGAAAAAGGCCUUAUGAGUGCAGUGAAUGUGGGAAAUCUUUUACCAUUAGCUCUUACCUCCAUUGUCAUAAGAGAGUUCACACAGAAAAAAGACCUUAUGAAUGUAGUACAUGUGGGAAAUGUUUUAAAAUUCUGUCUAACUUCCGGUCUCAUCAAAAAAUUCAUUUAGGAGAAAGGCCUUAUGAGUGUAGGGAAUGUGGGAAAUCUUUUACCAGGAUCUAUGGCCUUCGUUGUCAUGAAAGACUUCACACUGGAGAAAGGCCUUAUGAGUGCAGUGAAUGUGGGAAUUCUUUUUUCACAAGAAGUAGCCUUGGGAAACAUCAUCGAAUUCAUUCUGGAGAAAAACCUUAUGAGUGCAGUGAAUGUGGGAAAUCUUUUGCCAGUAAGGACAGCUUCUCCUAUCAUCAGAGGGUUCACACAGGAAAUAAGCCUUUUGAGUGCAGUCAGUGUGGAAAAUCUUUUGCCUCUUCUUCCACCCUCCGUUAUCAUCAGAGAGUUCACACAGGAGAAAGGCCUUAUGAGUGCACUGAUUGUGGGAAAUCCUUUAUCUGUAUUUCUGAACUUCGUUAUCAUCAGAGAGUUCACACAGGAGAAAGACCUUACGAGUGCAGUGAGUGUGGCAAAUCUUUUAUUUGGAGGAAAAGCCUUUAUAAUCAUCAGAGUUCACACUGCAGAAAGGCCUAAUGAGCACAGUGAAUGUGGGAAAUCUUUUGCCCAUAGUAACACCCUCUCAUCUUCAGAGAGUUCAUUGAGGAAAAAAGCCAAACAAAUGC